AUGGACACAAUUGCAAUUUUGGUUUGCUACAAUGGAAAAUGGGUAACCUCAAAGAAGAUGUGCACAUAUGAAGGGGGUGACUCAAAAGGCAUAAUAGUUUCUCGAAACAUCACGUUUGGUGAGCUUUUGGAACCGGUGCAUAAGAUUGUUAAUACAAACAACAUGGAAGACAAGCUUUGUUUAAAGUUCUCAGUUUCAAUAUCCUCGAAUGAGUGGGUAGAGGGGGUGCAUAGUGGUGAUAAUGGUACGGAAAUGAAUGGCUUGCAAAUGCACUCAACCCCUCCUAUUUUGGAUCAUUUGGAGACAUUUUCACAAGUGGGUGUGGAUCCAAAAUUGGAAGUUGGGAAAAUUUUCUCUAGUAAGGAAGCCCUGUCCAACAAGUUACAAUUGGCGGCAGUGAGAGGUCACUUUGAAUUUAAGGUGAAGCAGUCUUGCAAGAGUCGAUUGGUUGUGGUUUGUUCUCAAGGUCCAUGCCCAUGGCGGCUUCGUGCAUCUAGUUAUGGAGAAAAGAACUUCAUGAUUGUGAAAUAUAAUCCGGUCCAUGAAUGUGGUAUGAGUUUUAUACAUGACAAGCAUCGUCACGCAAGUGCUAAACUCGUUGGUAAUGCAAUGAAGCGGAAGUUGAAAGAUUCUCGCACAAUAUACACACCAAGUGAUAUAAUCAGAGAUGUGAAACAAAACUUUGGUGUCACCAUUAAUUAUUGCAAAUCUUGGAAAUCGAGGGAGUUAGCUCUAAUGUCCACUAGAGGUUCAGUAGAGGAGGCAUAUUCUCUCAUUCCAGCUCAUUGUCACGAAUUAAAGCGCGUGAAUUCUGGCACGAGGACAUACAUCCACACCGAUGAGAACAAUCACUUUUUCUAUUUUUUUUUGGCUGUUGGGGCAUGUAUUAGAGGGUUUCAAUCUUCGAUGCAGCCAAUCAUUGCUAUGGAUGCCACGCAUUUAAAAUAUCGGAAUAUUAGCAUAGAGAAUGUGUGGCACAACGUUCUUCCAACUGCGCAACAUGGCAUAUGCUUUUACCAUAUGAAGGGGAACAUGAAACGCACUUUCAAAUUGAAAAAACGUGAUAAAUUAUUGCUAUACUUUGAACAAGCUGCGAAAUCUUAUGGUAUCGCUGAAUUUGAUCGUCAUUUUCGCAAGAUCAAGGGAAAUGAUGAGGUUGCUCAAUAUCUUGAAAGUGCAAGAUUACACAAGUGGUCUAGAGCUCACAUGGACGGACGUCGAUACAAUGUAAUAACAACAAAUAUUGCGGAGUCAAUCAACCCAGUCCUUCGAUUCGCAAGGAUGCUACCAAUGGUGCAUUUGAUUGAUGAAAUCAUCAAUCUGCUUAUGAAAUGGUUCAGUAAACGUCGUGAUUUUGCUUUGAAAUGUUCAUCAACAUUGUGCCCUGACUUUGGCGAGAAGAAGCUGAGACGUAGGUUGGAAUGUGCUUCAAGGAUGAAUGUCGUGAAACUGAAUCACGUAGAGUAUAAUGUCGUGGAUGGUGAUAUGGACGGCCACGUACAUUUGACGAAUAACACUUGUAGUUGUAGGAAGUUUCAGCUUGAGCAACUACCUUGCAAGCAUGUAGUUGCAGUUUGCCAUUUUUUGAAACUAAAUGUAUACUCCAUGACUUCUCGUUAUUACACUCGAAAUACAUGGUUGGAUGCUUAUUCAGAUACCAUCUACCCAGUACAGCCUCAAGAGUUGUGGGUUAUUCCUGAAGAUGUCCAAAGUAGAGUUGUGCGUCCUCCCAAUGCAAAGGUCAUGCUAGGCCAACGAAAGAAGCUAAGGAUUCCGUCACAAGGAGAUGAUAUCCUAAGGAGAAAAUGCUCAAGGUGCAGUGGCACAGGCCACAAUAUAAGCACCUGUAAAAACAAUGUUCCACUACCUAAUGUUGGACAUACAUUAUGA